AUGAGAGGAAAAAUUGUACUUGUCAUGUUACUUGUUGAAACAGCAUUUGUGAUAAGGAGCGAGAGCGGUAAAACCUUAAAACUCAAUAUCUGUGGCAUUUCUGGUUAUUUACAAAUUAACUUUCGCUGCUCCCCCUUUUGUCCGUAUUUGUUCUUUAUUGUGAUUGUUUCAGGGAGUUGUGAUGUCGAUCCUGCGUACCGCAGUGACUGUGGAUGGCUUGGAAUCGAUGAAGACGGUUGCAAGUCAAAAGGUUGUUGCUGGGACAGCAGUAUUGAAGGGAAACCAUAUUGCUACUUCUCAACAGAUGGCGCCGGUAAGUGAGUUUCCUAAUUCGCACCGCUAAGACAAAAAAUAGUUUGACCUUUUUUCUUCUUGUGCCGUGUUGUUGAGUCACGCGAAAGCUUUCGUUUAACCAAAAACGUCAAUUAAAGGAACUAUAAAUAAUUGGUUAUCCUCGCGAAAUUUACGAUGAAGCUUCCAAACAUUCUCGAAGGCAUCUUUGAAAUUUGGGAACACUUGAGACAAUUUUGGUCGGUGAAAAAUGUAGUUCGUACAAGAAAUGGCUUCCUGAUGACAGAAUUUUUUCCAAAAAAAAAACCCCAAAAUUUGCUUAGUGCGAAUAGGGCCUUAAGGUAACAGAUGAGAAGCAAAAUACGACCCAUCCUUUCGACGAAUCCUUACUUAGUAAAGUAUUACCCUUUUAAUAUAUGAGUUGCGCCCCAUGCAAUUUCGCAAUAGGAAUCCGGAUUCCUGGACUUUGGAAUCCGAAAUACAACUUGAGGAAUCCGUAAUCCCACUAAAAGGUUGGAAUUCGAAAUCACUGGCAAAAGAUCCGGAAUCCAGUACCUGGAAACUGGAAUCCACCACUUGGAAUCCAGAAUCCAAGACUGUCUUGAAUUCCCUUACAAAGGGGCGAUAAGUUCCUCAUAUCGAACUUUGUGUGGUCAUGAUUUAUGCUCAAAAACAUGCAACAUUUAAGCAAUAGAAAACGUUUUCCGUGUUUGCAUAGCCUGAUAUAAACACGAGAGGGGUUGGGAGAAUUCGAGACAGUUAUGCAAACCCGAGACGAAGUCGAGGGUUUGCAUAACUGUCGAGAAUUCUCCCAACGCCUCGAGUGCUUAUAUCAGGCUAUGUAAACACAGGAAAAAAGUUUUCUAUUGCUUUUAUAAAAUAACUUUCCCGAGAAAAAAACGCAAAACUCUUUUUAUGGCUCUGAUUAAAAGAAAAAUUCUUACCAGUCGCAAAAUCUUCUCCACGAAGUCUUACACGCGUAAUCAGUUCUUGUUUUGCAAAAAGAUGCUUUGCAAAAUACGGAUUUUUCUCGCUUAAAACGGUCAGCUUAAGCGAAGAAAAAUGUACACACCUUCUUUGUAACAAUUUUCCAAGUUUCAGCCGACGAAGGAAUGGGUAAAUAAAGUAAACUUUUUGAGUUUUGAACUCGAAGACUUCUUCAAAUUUGUGCUUGCGUGAUUAGCGUGCGAAAAACCAAACAACUUGACGCCACAACCAUGUUUACAGACUCUCAUGCAAACACUCCUCUCGGCCAAUCAGAGCGCGCGUACUAUCUUCGUUAUUUUAUAAAUUUCAUUGUCAACCACGUUGUUUUCAUGUAGUGCCAUCCUGUGAUAUUGGGCCUAAGCCUAAAACAGACUGCGGGUGGUUUGGGAUCACUGAAGACACCUGCCAAAAGAGAUCAUGUUGUUGGGACCAAGAUGUUGCUGAAGGCACUCCUUAUUGCUAUGUCAAAGACUUCGGGCGUGAGUGUUAUAGUGUUCGUUAGUUGAGCCCCAAUAUUCACAUACAAAUUCUCCACACUGAUCUCCAUGCAUUUCCUCAAAAAAUAAGAUGAGAGAAUCUGAUAAAAGAUCAUUACAGCUUUUUUCUUUAGGUGUUCAUUUUAUAUAUUCUCAUAGCCUUUCCACUUGAUGCAGGACAGCUGAAUGAAGCGGAAUGUGAAGGGGCAUCUAUGUAAAACUAAUGGUAAAAUUAAUAAAAAGGACGUUCGUUGCUGAUGUAUUAUGAAGGCACAAGAAUGUGGGAGAAACUGUUAAUGCUAGAAUUUUCCCUGCCUGCAGUUUUAGUGAGGUUUGAGUCCUUCUGUUUAGAUGGCCAGCAACGCCUCCCCGGCCCCGCACUCCACCCUCACCAAAAGAAAAGAUAAUAAGAUAUAAUAAAAAAUAUGGAAACCUUAAAGCAUAUGUCGCAUCAGACAUAUGCUUUAAGGUUUCCAAUUUCUCAUUCAUCUUAUUCAAGAAAGAAUGACGAGACAGAUAGGAAACGCCCACUCUAGCCCUUAGGAUAUGUGAAUUUUACCAGAUAUUUUUAGACCGAAUAAACGCUUGCAGUUUAUCGGAAGUUGGUGUCUGGAGAUGUCCGCAAACUCUUAUUCAUUGUAAUAAAGAGAGAAUAACAGGACAUUAUGUUCUCUUGGUGUGUCUACAUUACAAUAUUUUGCAUUGAUUGCUUUGAGGUAGUCGCACGUGGACUUGAUGACGUUUUCAAACAAUCGAUUAAAAGGUGCGGUCGUCCCAGCGAUUAGACUUAAUUACAGCCUCUAAAAAUAACUUAAGUGAAAUUUUCAUAUCUUGGACAACGCCCUAAUGUUUCCCCUCUAACCUAUUAGUUUCUUUUGUCUUAUUUCAGUACUUUCUUCCCUUUACAGAGCUCGCUUAUGGUAUGUGCCGCACCGCCCCGUCUGACCGUACAGAUUGUGGAGAAGUGGGAAUAACAAAAGAGGACUGUCUGGGAAAAGGAUGUUGCUACGACGACUCGGUUGAUGACGGUCAAACCCCCUGGUGCUUCUAUCCGCCGGGUAAGUGAAAGUCGCGAAAGGGGCUGCCAAUAUUAUGUUCUCCUGUCCCUUUACUAUAGGCGAGCCCCACCAUCAUCACCCUAUGCCGCACUCUUACGGACCGCUAACAGCAGUUUAUGGACGGUGCGUUCCAUACAAACCGUCAAGGCACUGCCAACAGUCGGUAUACUGAGCUCAUGUAAGGUACACGAUCAGUAGGAAUUAUACGGAACGUAACAUAUCUCAAACGGGUACAAUGGCUUCCGAAACACCAAUGCAAUGUCUUUUAGCUUAAUUAUUAUUUAUCAGGUACUUUGUUCUCCUACUAAUGUACACUUGCGUAAAUGCCUAUAUAGGGUGAAAUAAAUAAGAUUGAUUGAAGAAACACCCCUUAUAAACUGACCGUUGCAGAGUGGGGACAAUAAGCAACCCUUUGUGAAUUAUACACCGAUGUGUUGUGUGAGGGGUGUGAGGUACUAUGAACAGACUGUUUACUAUUAUUGGUUGUCUCUAAUCUUGGCAUUGUAUGCCGUUUGCUCUUUUAUGUUUUUCACCUAGACGAAACGGCAGCUUAUUGUGAUCUGGAAUACACCAGCGGAUCAUGCAAAUACGUGUGUGAUCCAGAAACGGAGCCGGAUCAUGUAUACGGAUUAUGCUCAGGGGGACGUUGGUGCUGUUAUAAGAAUUUCAUGGGACGUUAA